UUGCAGUUGAGAAUGACGUUGAUGAGACUUAUUAAUAGUCGUCCUGAGACCCCUUAUUUUCGUCCACCACCCUUACAUGUGCGUGUAUUAAAAGUUUGUGAACAGGCAAGGGUGAUAAAAUGGGAUGUGAAGGAGGGAGUGGCAAAACCCAUCAGUAAAAAGUGUAAUAUGGUGGCAGCCCUCUCUGAUGGGGUAACAGUUGUUAAAGUGACUUUGUUUGAGGCAUUUGCAUCAAAAGUGCAGGAAGGGGUUUCUUAUAUAAUUAAAGGGCAUGAGCUAAAAGGGACAGCUCCCCCCUAUGCCAUUCAUAUUAGUGCCACCACACAAUUCUUUAGAGCCUCUGCCCUCUGUGUCCCCGAAGAGCUGCUUUCUAAAGCAGACAAUCUUUUGCAUCCCCCGGCCCCUUUCACCCAGCUGAAGAUGAGCUCUACAAAUGUGGGGCUUAUAACCGUAGAAGGGGAGGUUGUGGAGUGUUUGGCCAUCCGGAAAGUGGUGUCAAGGAACCAAGAAGUUCCAGUCAAAAAUGUGCAGUUAAAGCAGGUAAUGGUGCAACUGAAGUGUCCUAAUAAAGUCGGAAAAGUAAUGAGAUUGGUGGUAGAGGUUUACAAAUGUCAGGAGAUUUAUUCUAAAACACUACUUCAGUUGAGAAUCGGAGAGGAGAAACAGUUUUACUUGUAUACAAGGGCAGCACAGAGCAGGGGCCUGUUCUUCGUACCUCGCUAAGUAAGUUAGCCGGAUUUGAAUGUUGACGAUUUCGCGUGA